AUGCCCAGGAUUUGCUCAAGAUCAACUAAAGGAGAUUUGGAUGGCCCCUUGUCAGUGGCCCUAGGAGUGAAGGGCCCGACAGGCAUACUGCAAAUCAUAAUAACUUCCCACCAUAAACGGACCAGGCAGCGUGGUGAGAAGCAGCAGUGCUUUCUGGAGGAAUGGACAUGGGAGGAGAUAUUGGAAGGUAAGGGACCCUGGGCUGGAGAACAUCGCCGUCCGAAGGAGGAACUGGAGGCGUCUAAAGCAGAGCGGCGACACUACGAGGAGUUGGCACAGCGGACUAAGCACAAGAGGCAGCCCAAAAACAUUUUUUGGAGGUGGUGGCACACAGGGAGAGUGGCUGAGUCAGGGUACAGACCUGAGCCAACUCCCCGUGCUUACCGUAAGGAGCGUGGUACUGGUCGGGCACCGCAUUUGGCGGUAAAGCGCACGGUGUCUCCCGUUCGCUCUCAUAGCCCGGUGCGCUAUAUGCCAGCUCUCUGCAAGUGCGACGCUAGAGUGGGCAUCCAGCCAGGGCAGAUUGUGGCAGCUCAGCGUGCUUGGUCUCCGGUGCGCCGUUUCGGCACAGGCAAUCCUGCGCCGGCUCUGCCCACUGUGUCUCCAGUGCGCUGUGACAGCCCGGUUCGUCCUAUGCCUGCGCUCCGCCCGUGCCAGGCAAAAGUGGGCAUUCAGCCAAGAGGAGAGGUGCAAGUGGAAAGCAGCAGAUCUCCAGUGCUCCCCCACAGCCCGGUUCGUCCUCUGCCUGCGCUCUGGAGGUGCCGGCCUAAAGUGGGCAUUCAGCCGGGAAGAGUGGUGCCAGGGAUACGCACCAGAUCUCCAGUGCUCCACCACAGCCUGGUCUUCCAGUACCUGCUCCACGGACCAGUCCUCCUGUGUCUCUCCCCAGCCUGUUGA